GAAGCCAAAGUGCAACAACAUGUUCCCUUCCAAGAAACUCUAUGUAACGCUGAAUAUCAGCUUUUUGGUGAUCUGCCUGCUGCUGCUCAGUCCUGUCGAUGCCCGAUGGACACGAAGACCAAGGCGUACCACUACGCCAAGGAGUACUACGAGUAGAACCACAGUGAAUCCAGAUCGUCAUCAGCAUUUGCAUCACUGGCCACCAUUGGUGGCACCACCGGCACAACCCCAAACUCAGCCACAAGUGGUUGUGGUGCAAAAGCCCAGCCAUGUAGAUACUAGUCCUCGGCUGAUUGACAGCUACGAUCAGAGAUCCCUCGAUGGGCAGUACGAGUUCAGAUAUCAACUGGACAAUGGUAACACCCGCUAUGAACGUGCCUACUGGCUGCCUGUGGGCAAGGAGCUUGUCCUGGCCAAAAAGGGAUACUAUUCAGUGCCCCUGCCAAAUGACAAAUACUCGACAGUCUUCUAUACGGCCGAUCAUCGUGGUUACCAUGUGGAUAUGCAGACAUUAUCCGUGGAACAGCCGCUGUUGCCACGGAGCCUCGAAGUGCCCGUAAUGGAGAGGGAAAUGGGUACCGAAAUGGGUACGGGUACCGGGACUAAGCGAAAUUCAAUAAGCGACCCGGAGCGUAACGAGCUGGAUGUGGUAGUGGAUGAGGAUGAGAAUGAGGAUGUAGAUGUGGAUGUGGACGCAAGUGGAGCUGGCACCGAGCUGGUUCCUAAUGCUGUAAACCAAGUCGAAACCGAAACCGAACCAUCAACUUUGGCCAACGACAUUUUGGCAACUGAAGCACCAGCCGACAGCCACGUUGUUGACGACCAUCAUGAUGAUAAUGAUGAUGAUGACGAGGAUGAUGAUGAUGAUGAUGGAGAAGGCGCCUCAAACUGAAAGCCCCAAACAUUAGAGGACAUUUCGGCAUACAGAGGAUGGAGAUUGAAAAUGGCAAGGGGGACACACACUUGGCUGACUCGCAGCUCGCUCUACUUGCUGCAAAUCAAAUUGAAAACAAUUGUUGCAGUCACCAGUCCGACACAGUUGAGUUGGCCAGUAGUCACUAUAUAUAUAUAUAUAUAUUCCAAGAAGCUGUAGCUGGGACAGCAGUUGAAGUCAACUCGACUCCACUUAACUCCAUCUUCAUCUUCAUCUUUGGAGUUCAUGGGGAAUGUGUCUCAA